UUUUCCCCAUCCCGUUCAUCCAGGCACGGCCCAUCCCUCUUUUUCCUCCGUGGGCGUGGUAUGAGUUAGGAAAACAAACUGCAGACAGCCUCUGAUACUUCCUCACCCUGCAUCAGUUGACUUUUCCCCGGGGCACCUUGUCAGCUGGCUGUGCGUAAUUCUCCCAACAGUCUUUUUUACGUGUCUCCUUCUUACUAACGGGCGUCCAGAAAACCGCCCCCGACUCUCACUCCUCCAGUUUCUGUCAGAUGGUGAGGGGACUGUGCAGCAGCCCACGGCACUUCGAGCAGACACAGCUUUAGGAGGCGAAAUGUACUAGUGACACACGGCGGUUAUUGCGGCAGGAAAAGCGGGCUGAUAGCAAGCAGUAUGAGCGGGGGAGAAAUCAUCUGCCAGGGCUGGCUGAGGAAGUCACCGCCGGAGAAGAAGCUGAGGAGAUAUGCAUGGAAGAAGCGGUGGUUCAUACUUCGCAGUGGCCGCAUGAGCGGUGACCCCGACGUUCUCGAGUACUACAAGAAUGACCACUCCAAAAAACCCAUUCGAGUCAUCGACCUUCAUUGCUGCGAGCAGGUGGACGCUGGCCUGACUUUUAAGAGGAAGGAGUUCCAGGACAGCUACGUGUUUGACAUCAAAACCUCUGACAGAAUUUUUUAUCUUGUGGCUGAGACGGAGGAAGAGAUGAACAAGUGGGUCCGAUCCAUCUGCCAGCUGUGUGGGUUCAACCAGUCUGAUGACAACCAUGAUGGCAGAUUGCACCAUAUGCCUCGGUCAGUCGGAGCAGAUGUCAGCAGCUCUACAACACCUCUGCCCGGAGAGCGCAAGUCAUCUGCCCCCAUCCACUCCAGCCAGCCGGUGCUCUUCACCUUUGACGUGCCUGUGCGCCACUCGCACCACGGCUCCUUAUCCAACAGUGCACCACAGGACUACCUCCUUCUCCACCAGUGCAUGAGCAGGAAGACUGAGAGUGCAAGGAGUGCCAGUUUCUCCCAGGCCACACGAAGCAGUCUGUUUAUGGGCAGCGACUCUGCAGUGCAGAAACUCCCUCAUGGCUUUUCCCACUGUCUUAACGGCAUGGGCGCCCAGCUGCAUGGUUUCUCUAGUCUGCCCAAACCCGGAAAACACCAGUUACCAUUCCAUGACGACUCAGCCCAGGAGGCCUGUUACGUCCUUCCGCGGGGAUUCAGCCCAGAGGCGCCGUCAUACAGUGGCAUAGGUGACACUGACCUGGAAAAUGAGGAAGUUUACACUUUCAAAACACCCUGCAACACCCUCGCCACGAUGCACAGCAACGAGCGUGUGACGGACAACUAUGACCUCCCCACACCACCUGGCUCCUUCUACCAGAUCCCACGGACAUUUGACAAGAAUCACAAUUCUUUAACGCCGUCUAGCUCCGAGUCCUCCUGUGCUCCGCCUCCCAGGCCGCCUAAACCUAACCAGGGGUCAGAGGGCAGGUGGGGGAGUCCCAAGUCAGUAGGAAGUCAGAACGGAGAGGUGACGUCCGCUGUGUCAGUUAUCCCACGCAGGAAUACUCUUCCUGCUGUUGAGAACAUCAGGCUACACCGAGGCUCCUCCUUUGAAACUAACAGUCAUCACCGUCCUAUUCAUUUCAACAACUCAGGCCAGUCUGUGGAGUCUGUCAACGACGGAUUCAGCUCCUAUUUGAGAUCCAAAACCCCUCUGACUCGCUCAGACAGCGGCAACUCUGAUGACAACUAUGUUCCCAUGAAUCCCGGCUCCUCACCGCUCAGCGCUGCUCUGGCUGACAGUCCUAAAAAUAUCUAUAUUCCCAUGAGCCCAGGGCCACAUCACUUUGAUUUCCCACAAUUCGCUGCAACAUUACCUGCCCGUAAGGGAAGCAGCGCCUCCAUGUGUCAAAGGCCCGGUCGUCUCAGUGAUGUCACACCGCCUCCUAUCAACCGCAACCUCAAACCUAACAGGAAAUCCAAGCCAACACCACUUGAUUUGAAGAACAAUGGGAUUAUUGACGAGCUGCCAUUCAAGAGUCCAGUCACCAUGUCCUGGAUUCGUCCCAUGGCUGCGGUGAACUCCAUGUCCUCCCAGCACUGUCGACCCAUCUCCACACAAAGCAUCACCAGCACCGACUCUGCAGACAGCGAGGAGAAUUAUGUGGCUAUGCAGAAUCCAUCAUCUACCUCUCCAGCAAUGAGCGGCACCAGCAGCCCAGCGCAGAGAAAGUGUGGCAACGUGGACUACUUAGCACUGGACUUCCAGCCCGGCUCACCCAGCCCACACAGAAAACCGUCCACAUCCUCCGUGGCCUCUGAUGAGAAGGUGGACUAUGUCCAAGUGGACAAGGAGAAGACACAGGCGCUGCAGAGCACCAUGCAGGAAUGGACUGAUGUGCGGCAGUCAACUGAACCGAGCAAGGGGGUCAAGUCCUGACACUGUCCUAUACCAAUUCAAUAACCAAUCAUCACACAGAUAAUCUCCAGUCUGUGAAUACAGGUCAAAACAUUUGGACAAAAAGCCAUAACUAACUCCUAUGCCCUCGAGCAUUACCAUUAAAGUGCACUGUUAACAGAUUAUCAAGCCAUGCAGGUGAAGUGCCGAAGCUCCUCACACCGACUGUUAGAACAGUGCAUUGAAAACACUGUCCAGGUCCAUCACUCUUUCUUAUCAGUCAACCCUUUACCAGUUGAUACCUGUGCAUCGACGCUGCACCACCUGCCUCGUCUGUGACAGAGCAAGUCACUCAUCCAACUGCUGCUGUUUCACACAGUUACUGGGAGAAAACUAUGGCACUAUACUGUAAGAAUGCACUCCCCAAUAUUAGGAAAACCAGGAUGCACUCCAGGCUUCCUCUCUCUUUUCACUUCAAUAUGUCCCUUUGUGCUGAGUCUUGCAGAAGCAGCAAAGAGAUUAAUUUCACUGCGGGCAAUCAUUUCAGCUUCGCAGUGCAUGUCUGCUAAGAGACCGAGGAGGUGGAACAGGGGGAGAGAGAGAGAGAAACAGGGUUCAUGUCAGAAGCUAAAUGUUAACAGUGCACGACUGUGUCACUUAAGGAUGAGCCCAUUAUGUAUUUAACAGCUGUCAGCUGCAUGACAGACAUCUUUAUUUCCCAAGUACAGUAGGUACACUGUCUGUAAAUGUACAGGAUCAAAAACCAGGAAAUGUCUUGUGUGUCUUUUUAAGGUGGAAUGCUAAAUCACUCCAGGUGACAUUCUGUUACAUUUCAUCUUUAAGUCUCAGUAAUCCACUAAAAGGAUCAGGGUGUCUCCCUCUCCACACCAUAAAUAAAAGCUAGAGAAGGAAGUAAAUCACACAAAAUGUUUUUCCAGAAUCCACCGCUCUUUGAUUUCCAUCUCUGGGCUCUGAUAUACCACACACUACACUGCUCCGUCUCUAAGCAGUAAUUGUUUCCUCUGUGUAAAUUAUUAAUAGAACGACAUAUUUGCAGCACGUCUCGUUGACUGUUUGAUGCACUCGUAUGAGGCUAAACAACUGCACUGCAGUAACACAACACUGCUGUUCUUGCAGGCCUGCCUGCCGCAAUGAAGAUUUGCCAGUGAUAAAUAUAGAGCAUCGUAGACCAGAGGAGGAACGAUGCUCCUGUUACUUCCUCAAUGCCUCAGUUAGUGUGGUUUGCCUUAUACUUUGUUGAAGAAAUCUUAUUAUCUGCCAUACUAUUUGACAAAGAGCCAUAUUAAAUAUUUCACUUUUUUUGGAAAUAAUUUUAAGUCCAAAUAUUUCAUUGUGGGCUGGAACCACUAGAAGGUGAAUCUGACCAGUGUGGCCAAGCUAAGUGCUAAAAGCUAUUGUGGAUUUUUUUCUUCUGAACUCGCAGCUUUAUCUUUUUACUGUUUUUUUUUUUUUUUUUUUGUUUUUUUUUACUGCUUUUUAAUCUUUCUGUGCUAUUUCUCUGAACAGGUAAAAGCAGGUUAUCAUCCUAAGAAACUGAUCAGUCCAAAUGAAACGAAGUCCGUUGUUGUAUAUCUGCACCCACUGGCCACUUGGAUUAGGUACUGUAUAUCUUAGUUAUCUUAGUCCCAGUUAGAGACACUUCUGUCUUCAGAAAUGCCUUAAGAUGCUUUGUUGUCCAAAGUAACUCUUGUUAUGGCUGCUCUUCGUUCAGUGCCCCCCUAAGGUUGCACCAAGUUGCAAUGUAACGAGGAAAAACAGGACAGUUAAAAACAGGAGAAAUUAUGAAAAAGAAAUCACAGGAAAAAAAAUGUGUCUAAAGAAACAAGGAAGUGAAUAAAAAAUAAACAGACAACAAAAUUAGGGAAAUAACUCUUCUACAGUUUUGGUGCUAAUUGUGAGCUAAAUGCCCAGUAAAUCAGCAGGUUUUGAAAAUACUUACAGCUGCUCAUCUGACUUUAACAUUAAAACUAUAUAAACCCCCCUUUCCUUCUCAUUCCAUGAAAAUGAUGUGCUCCGGGUUUUUGACCUCGUCCACAUGCCUUAUUGCACUGAGUUUCUGCUGCAUUACAGCAGGUGUACCUAAUGAAUUGGUCAGUGAGCGUGUGUUUGGUUUCUCUUUUUCUAGAACCAAUUGGUUUCGCUCACAUACAUGUGAAGCGGAGGCUGGCGGUUUGAGUUGCACUGGUACAGCCCUUCCCAGAUGAACUGUGAUUUAAGAGAAAAGAGAAGUAAAAGCCUGUCUCCCUGUUAGUCUCUGAAGUGAAGUAUAUGUGUAAUUUAUUGUCUUAGGAAAUAAAAAGAGAGAGAGAGAGAGAGCCACUGUGAGCUGUGUUUGUCUUGUUGUUGUGAAUUGUAGCCUGUAAAACCACACUUUGACAGCGUGACACUGAAAACUCUGCUCAGAUCUACUGUCGGAUUGUCACUGGGUUGACGUACUGUUCUAGUAGACAUCAGACUUUUAACCACUUUUAUUGAUACUACUGUAAACCAUUUGCUGAUUGCUUGUGUUUUAAUUUAUUAAUUUAUUGUGUGUUUUUGGAGUUGAUUAUAGUAAAAAAAAUAAAAGUUAAAAAAAAAACCAUGAAACCGGACAAGGAAACAUUCUCUACUACUAACAAUGAUGUAUGCAAAAUUGUCUUGUUUUUGUGAAGCAAUAUGACCAAUGCCAGUGUGAUGAUGACGAUGUGGUGGUGAUGAUGAUGGUGAAAAUGUGGUACAGUUAACUCGGGAUUCAUGAGAAUACAAGCGUUUGUUAUUCAUGUAUUAUGGUAGUUUUAACUGUGGUCAUCAAAUAAAUCAAGAAGUAAAAGAUGAA